UAGUGCGCCAGUCGUCUUGCAGCAGGCGUGCGGCCGGCUGCUUGUUGCAGUGCGUGGAGCGAACUAACACACACGAGUUCGCGGUCAUAGGCUCGAACGAACACCGAAAUCGACGGUCAGUGCGGUGACCAUGAUGAUGGACAACGGGGUGAUGAACAACUAUGACGGGGUUUACGGGGACGGGUAUAUGGAGCAGGAGGAGGAGUGGGAGCGCGAGGGUCUCCUAGACCCGGCAUGGGAGAAGCAACAGAAAAAGACCUUCACAGCAUGGUGCAACAGUCACCUGAGGAAAGCUGGCACUGGCAUCGAAAACAUCGACGAGGACUUUCGCAACGGUCUCAAGCUGAUGCUGUUGCUUGAAGUCAUCUCCGGCGAGACCCUGCCUAAGCCUGACCGCGGAAAGAUGCGCUUCCACAAGAUCGCCAACGUCAACAAGGCACUCGACUUCAUCGCCUCAAAAGGUGUAAAGCUGGUAUCCAUUGGUGCUGAAGAGAUAGUUGACGGCAACCUGAAGAUGACUCUCGGUAUGAUCUGGACCAUCAUUCUCCGUUUCGCCAUCCAAGACAUCUCAGUUGAAGAAAUGACCGCCAAGGAAGGUCUUCUCCUCUGGUGCCAACGCAAGACCGCGCCAUACAAGAACGUGAACGUCCAGAACUUCCAUCUGUCCUUCAAGGAUGGUCUGGCCUUCUGUGCCCUCAUCCACAGGCACAGGCCUGACCUGAUCGACUACAGCAAACUGUCUAAGGACAACCCAUUGGAGAACCUGAACACAGCCUUCGACGUGGCCGAGAAGUAUCUGGACAUCCCCCGCAUGUUGGACCCUGAUGAUCUGCAGAACACAGCGCUGCCUGACGAGAGGGCUGUUAUGACCUACGUCUCCUCUUACUACCAUUGCUUCUCUGGAGCGCAAAAGGCUGAGACGGCCGCCAACCGCAUCUGCAAAGUUCUCAAGGUCAACCAAGAGAACGAACGCCUUAUGGAAGAGUACGAGCGUCUUGCCAGCGAUUUACUGGACUGGAUCAGGCGUACCAUGCCCUGGCUGAACAGCCGCCAGACCGACAACUCGCUCGCCGGCUGCCAGAAGAAACUGGAAGACUACCGUACUUACAGGCGUAAACAUAAGCCACCACGUGUGGAACAGAAGGCCAAGUUGGAGACCAACUUCAACACGCUGCAGACCAAACUGCGCCUGAGCAACCGCCCCGCGUACAUGCCCACAGAAGGCAAGAUGGUGUCUGACAUCGCUCAGGCGUGGAAGGGUCUAGAAGUGGCUGAGAAGGCCUUCGAAGAGUGGCUACUGAGCGAGAUGAUGCGCCUCGAGCGCCUGGAGUACCUCGCCCAGAAGUUCAAGCACAAGGCUGACAUCCACGAGGACUGGACUAGAGGCAAGGAGGAGAUGCUCCAGUCGCAGGACUUCCGCCAGUGCAAGUUAAACGACAUCAAGGCGCUGAAGAAGAAGCACGAGGCGUUCGAGUCCGACCUCGCCGCGCACCAGGACCGCGUAGAGCAGAUCGCCGCCAUCGCGCAGGAGCUCAACACGUUGGAAUACCACGAGGUGGGUGCAGUGAACGCUCGCUGCCAGCGCAUUUGCGCGCAGUGGGAUCGCCUGGGCGCGCUGACGCAGCGACGCCGCGCCGCACUCGACGACGCGGAGCGCGUGUUGGAGCAGAUAGAUCUGCUGCACCUCGAGUUCGCGAAACGCGCCGCGCCAUUCAACAACUGGCUGGACGGCACCCGCGAGGACUUAGUGGACAUGUUCAUCGUCCACACCAUCGAGGAGAUCUCCGGCCUCAUGGACGCCCACGCCCGCUUCAAGGCCACGCUGGGCGAGGCCGACAAGGAAUACCAGGCCAUAGUCAAUCUCGUCCACCAAGUGGAGUCCAUCGUCAAACAGCACCAGAUCCCCGGAGGACUGGAGAACCCCUACACUACGCUCACUGCACACGAGCUGAACCGCAAAUGGGGCGACGUGCGCGCUCUCGUCCCGCAGCGCGACGGCACCCUGGCCGCGGAGCUCCGCAAACAACAGAACAACGAGUCCCUGCGCCGCCAGUUCGCCGAGAAGGCUAACGCUGUCGGGCCCUGGAUCGAGCGCCAGAUGGACGCCGUCACCGCUAUUGGCAUGGGCUUACAGGGCUCGCUGGAAGACCAGCUGCACCGACUCAAGGAAUACGAGGCGGGCGUGUACGCGUACAAGCCGCACAUCGAGGAGCUCGAGCGCAUCCACCAGGCCGUGCAGGAGGGCAUGAUCUUCGAAAACAGAUAUUCCCAAUACACAAUGGAGACGCUGCGCGUGGGCUGGGAGCAACUGCUCACCUCUAUCAACCGCACCAUCAACGAGGUGGAGAACCAGAUCCUGACGCGCGACUCCAAGGGCAUCACGCACGAACAGCUCACCGAGUUCCGCUCCUCGUUCAACCACUUCGACAAAAACCGCACUGGCCGCUUAGCACCAGAAGAACUGAAGUCUUGUUUGGUAUCAUUGGGAUACAGCAUCGGCAAGGACAGACAAGGAGAGCUGGACUUCCAACGUAUCUUAGCCGUUGUCGAUCCUAACAACACUGGUUAUGUAUCCUUCGACGCAUUCUUGGACUUUAUGACGAGGGAGUCUACAGACACCGACACAGCGGAACAAGUCAUCGACAGCUUUAGGAUCUUAGCUGGAGACAAGCCAUACAUAACCGCGGAGGAGCUGAGGCGCGAACUGCCCCCAGACCAGGCGGAGUACUGCGUGGCGCGCAUGCCCCCCUACCGCGGACCCAACGCGCCACCACACGCGCUCGACUACAUGGCAUUCUCCACCGCGCUCUACGGCGAAACCGACCUCUAGGUCAAUAAGUCGUCACAUCAGAAGAAGAUCCAGAUGGAUGGGACUCAGUACGCUCGGAAGACCAAAUAAGCUUGUUGGACCAGAACAACUCAAAAACGGUGCCCUACAGCGGCAUGGCGUCAAAAUUACUUCCCUUAUAUUGACCGCUCAAUCGCCCUAACGGCCAAUAUAAAGAGAAAAAUUUUGUGAAUUUUAUCACACUUUUAAAUAAAAUGUGCAAUGUUUAAACCAAAAAAUUUCAUCGUACCGUACAGUACUUAUUCGAAUAUUUGGCUCAACUCAAAAAUAAUAUAUCUCUACAUUAUUUAUACUUUAGAUCUAGGUAUUUUAAUAUUUUAUAUAAAAUCGUCAAAGGGAGUCACAAAACGUUAAUUUAUAAGUUGAAAUGGUGCUAUGUUAGGCUCCGCUAAUGUCACACACCAAAAGAGAAGACUCAUUCAUUGUGAGAAUGUUUUUGUUAUUUUUAUUUUUAAGCAAAUAUUAUUUAUAUUUCUUCGUUUUUAAUACUGCCAUUAGUAAUUAUACUUUGACGGUAUGUUCACACUUAGUUGGCAAAUUUUAUCGUUGCGGGAGUAUCAAGAUCUUGUGUAAAAUGUUGCCAUACUACCUGCAUCUAUUUAUUUAUCAUUCAAAUGCCAUUUUUAUAUGAUAUUCGUUUGUGGGAGUAUUUGGUAUGAGUACUCUAAAUAAAUGAUCUGCCAUAUUUGUCUUUUAUUAAUGACUGUAUUGUUAAUCCGACAAUUAUAUUAGGAGGAAGAAGUGGAAAGUAGGAUAAGAAUGAAUUAUGUGCCCAAAAAGUAUACUAACUCGAAUGUACAGCUAAUUUAAUAAAAGCUAUAAAAUAAA